AAAACAUCCUAUAGGUUAACGUUUCAACUAGUGAUGUUGUGAAUGUGUCAUUUCGUGUUAUGCAGAUUGAUUCUGUUUUCGCUGAGCUCCUUUACCCAACUAACGCAAUCUCAGGCCUUAUUUUCAUGGCUAAUUUGAUAAAUCUGCGACAUUACCUGACAUUAUAUGUUUUAUCCUUCAUUAAUAAUGCGUGGUUUUACGGAGAAAUGGUAGAAUAACCUGUAUGAUAAGAUAUGAGUAACCCAGUGCUUUCGAGAGUGACGGUGUUGUCUAAAUACACUGCUUCUAAAUUUAGCACUGGGCAAUGUAAGAAUGUAACGGCUUAUAUGUCAUUUUGCUGGACCCUAUGUCCAGUUAUUAAUACACUGAAUGUUUUUAAACGACCCCGGUCUGGAGCACUGUGUUGACAGAAGCUGCACUAGGCACAAUACUGUAUUUCGUCCUCUUUGUCGCAUGUGUUUUGCGUAAAGGAGCCAGCAAAACAAACGUGUGAUGAUGCAUUCAGUGUGUGGAAAAGUGUCGCAUGUUUAGACUGGAGUGUGUUUGUGGGAUAAACGCAUGCUGCUUGUUGAACCGGUCUCCUGAAUGAUGAGCUCAAGGAUUACAUGAUCUAAUAGUUCGAAGAGGAAUCAGUCAUAUGCUGAAAAACAAAACCCCCUCUUUAUUAAGAACUCCAGCCUUACACCAUACUCUCCUCUACUCUCAGGUCUGGAGAUAUAACACAGUUAGUACAUGUAUUAUAAGACUGGUUUUCAGUUAGCCCACAUGCAGUGCUGGCACCAUGAUUCAUUCCCCCAGUGCAGUCACAAGAAACUAAUCCUGGCUGAAUUAAAGUGGCUUUUCGGAUAUUUCUGUUACCGUGUAUCCUUCUUUUUGGCUUGGUGACUUGGAAGUGGAUUUGACCCAUGAUUAAGAUUAUGUGUUGAGAUUUUGGUUUCGGAUUUUCUGAUUAUCUGUUUUAUUUGCUUCUCCGUUUUUGCAUUACCAGAAGAAGUAAGAGUUAAACUUGCACAGUUAUUGUAUUUAUGUUAUGUAAUGUAGAGCAAUAUUAGGGUCAACUCGGCAAGUCUAAACAAAGUGUUCCCUUUCUGACAGCCUCAAGUGUGCUGCAAUAUUCUGACCAACUCUACCCCUAGUUACAAGUGUAUUAGGUACACCAGUCAAAACUAAUGAAGUCCAACACAAGAGUUCAUCAUGAGUAAUAUCGUAUUCUGUUUUAGUUUAAAUUAUUUUAGAGAGCUGUUUAUUAAACUCAUAGGUUGUUUUUUUUAUUGCAUUAAACUGCUGCCAGGACUCUUUUGCAAAACAGAUUUUUUUUAUCUCAUUGAGACUUUCCUAAAUAAAGGUAAGGAAAAUACAGAGAGGUGUUUCUCACAUUUAGCCCAGUGUUCCCCAAACAUUUUGGAAUGAAACACGUUUAUUUACGCAUUAAUUGAGGCCUAUUUCUGUCUGAGAUCAGUAUCUGCAUUUGCUCUCAAGAUAUCUUUCCACACUGAGCUUCUUCUCACUUGGGUUUAGUCUAAAUAAGUUAACUCAAAGACACGUUGACCCACAUUCGUGUAUCAGAAGAACUUUGAAAUGCCACAAAUCAGCCCCUCAUUAUAACUGUAACAACAACAUCUAUUUAACUCAUAAUGUUAAGGAAAGUAGGAUUAAUCACAGGACUGGUUGUUUCAGACUCGAUUAGUCUCUGCUAAUGAACUAGCAGCUGAGUGUAUUAUAGUAACGGUAUUUGCACAGCUUGUUCACAUAAUACAAGUUUCCCUAUUGGAAGCUCAACCCUCAGAGCAGUCUUUCCCGCCCAUUGCCUAAAACUGCCCCACCCCUUGCUGUUUCACUUGGUUUCAUAAUACUGCUCUCUCUGUGCGCGGAGCUUACAAGCAGUCACUAGGAGUAGCUGUCCUGGUGAGGAGCCUUUUGAUUACAACAGGAGUGAGGAUCGUCAUUCUCUGUGUCCUGUCACCACCAGCCAUUUCCGUCAGUUGCCGACCGGAGGAGAAGAGACAAGUCAUUCAUUCCAGCUCCGUCAGCAAGAAGCCACAGCCAACAUGCAGGAAGAGCUCUAGCUACUCAACAGCAGCGUUAGAUUUUGAGAAGGAGCAUCAGAUUGCCGCCGUAUACGAGUCGCCCAGGAUGUCACGGCGGAGCCUGCGUCUGCAGACUGGUGCCGGUCACUAUGACAAUGAAAGCCUGUCCGAAUACUCCCAUAACCACAGCGACAGCAACAGCUAUGCCAGCACCAAGAAAGAGACACGGACGCUGCGAAGCAAAAAGCAACAGUCCAGUUCCAGCUCCCGGUCUCUCUCCUUAAGCCAAGCUGCUACACCGAGGAAAACCCUCUCCUUCUCAGCCGCUAAUACCCCAGUCAACAGCAACAGCAGCGUCAUUCAUGAAAGCCACACAGCGUCUGACGGAUCGCUACUCGCCUCCAUCCUGGAUCAGUCCAGCCUGAGACAACGUGCCGUCACCACAACCACCACUUUUGUGGAUGUGCACCGGGGGAGGAAUGACCACAGUUCAUCAAGUGUGAACGGUGACGCCAGCGCAUCAAAGUCCCACACCGCAGUCGCCAAUGGUUACAUCUGCAAAGACUGCUCGUUUCACUCUCAGACGGAGUCCCCUAUCACAUGUUCAUCUUCAUCAUUAUCAUCAUCAUCUCAGGCCGCAGAAGCUUCCUCGGACGCCCUCUUUUCCUCUUCCUCGGACGCCCACUUUUCCUCUUCCUCGGACGCCCACUUUUCCUCUUCCUCGUCACCCUUCACAAGCAUAUACUCCAGAGACAGGACUCGAAGGAACAAGCAAGGUGUCCUGGUGUCUAUGUCUCACACGUGUAUGCGCUACAGCAAGCGAGCCCUGGCUCCCAUAGUGUCCUUAGUCACCCUGCUCUUCAACAAUGUGCUCUGGCUCGGUUCAAGGGCAAAGAGCCCACCAGGAAAAGGUGUCCUUGCGUCGUAUUCGGACUCAAUGAAACAAGCGGUGUCCUCCAGUUUUUCCCAACUGUGGCUGUUUAAGCAGAACACUCUUCACAGGAUGAUGGGCCACAGGGCUAAUGGCUAUGAAGGACAAGCUCACUCAAGUUUCUGUGGAAGCAUGAAUGUGAAGGACCUGGUGACUGAGGAGGCCUCACAUCUUAAACUCAAUGGUUCCCUGUGCGAUGACUGUAAAGGGAAGCAGCAUUCAGAGACACACACCGUCCUCCUCACACAGUCCUCCAGGCCUCGACGCCUGGUGGGGGCGCUGUGGAGCGUCCUAGCUUAUGCAGGUCACUGUCUCCUGCAGCCAGGCUACUGUGUGGCGGGAGCCGGCAAAGCGUUGGGGUCAGGGGUCGGGACAGUGGUUCGGACAGUGGUGCAGAGGCUGCUCUCAGUCUUCUGGAUGAUCCUGGCUGCUCCAGUGAAGGCAGGCAGAGGACUCUUGUGGUUUCUUGCAACAGGAUGGUACCAGCUGGUGUCUCUUGUGUCUCUUCUCAAUGUCUUCUUUCUGACACGAUGCCUUCCCAAACUCUGGAGGCUCCUGCUUUUCCUUUUGCCCUUUUUGCUCCUCCUUGCGUUUUGGUUUUGGGGUCCGUCCGCUGCUGCCAUACUUGCCUACCUCCCAGCCAUAAACCUAACAGAGUGGCGUCCGGCGUCUCCCAUCACCCUCCUGUCUAACUUGGUGCCAGCUGUAGCUCCGGCCCCUGCCUCUGUCCCCGUCCUUCCACCAGGGGCUCCAGUGGAGCAGACCCCAGCCACCCCGGUCUCACAGGCACCGCCACUCCUCCCCCCUGUGGCAGUCUCUAGUAUUGACUUGGAGCGCCUGGAACGUGUGGAGGGCAAAUUAACCCUGCUGUGGGAUCGAGUCCAGCAGGGUGAACAUAAGCAGGAUCAGAGUCACAGGGAAGUGUUGACUCUCUACAGCUCCCUGAAAGAGCAUCUCCACACUGAGACAGACAGAGAGACCCUGGGACUGUGGGUGUCCUCCCUGCUGGAGAACAGACUGGGCGUGUUGCGGGGAGAACUGGAGCUGGAGAGUACACACAGAGCCCAGAAUGCUGAGCAGCAGAAGAAGCACCAAGAGGGGCAGGCAACACGGCUGGCUGACUUAGAGUUGUGGCUCAACGCUCUGUCUGCCAAGACUGGGGAGAUGCAACAGCGCCAGCAGCAGUAUGAGCACGAGAAGCAGCAGGAGGAGGAGGAGGUUGUCCCUUCAGCAGCAGACACAGUUCCUGUCAGUGUGGGUGUGAAGCAGGAGGAACAUGAUGCUCUGCUAGCGGAGGUGAAGAGACUUGAGCUGGAGCUGGGCAAAAUCAGACAGGAUCUGCAGGGCGUUGUGGGAUGCAAGGGCAAGUGUGAGCAGCUGGAAACACUGCAAGAGACGAUAUCAGCCCAGGUGUCCUCCCAGGUGUCCUCCCAGGUAUCCUCCCAGGUGCGUAAGGAGCUGCAGGCUCUGUUCUUCGGCAGUGGCGGGUCAGGAGCGGAGCAGGGAGAGGUGCCUGAGUCCCUGAUCCUCUGGUUGUCUCAGCGCUACGUCAGCACCCCCGACCUGCAGGUCUCCCUCUCCUCACUGGAGCACAGCAUCCUGAAAGACGUGUCCCUGCAGCUGGAGCUAAGCCGGGCUCAAACCCUGGGAGAGGCUGAGUCCCAAGCCAAGACCAUCGUUCAGACCGUGAGCGGGAGCGUCCAGCACACUGCUGCUGCUGAGGGGCUGACGAAAGAGCAAGUGGCGCUGAUUGUCCAAAACGCUUUGAGGCUCUACUCCCAGGACCGAACCGGCCAGGUGGACUAUGCCCUGGAGUCUGGAGGUGGCAGCAUCCUCAGCACUCGCUGCUCUGAGACGUAUGAGACCAAGACGGCCCUCAUGAGUCUGUUCGGCCUGCCUCUCUGGUACUUCUCCCAGUCUCCACGGGUCGUCAUCCAGCCCGAUGUGUACCCCGGUAACUGCUGGGCGUUCAAAGGCUCUCAGGGUUAUCUGGUGAUCCGGCUGUCCCUCAGGAUCCUGCCCACAUCCUUCUGUGUGGAGCACAUCCCUAAGGCCCUGUCUCCGACCGGAAACAUCACCAGCGCGCCACGCAACUUCACUGUCUUUGGUCUUGAUGAUGAGUACCAGGAAGAAGGGAAGCUGCUGGGGCAAUACGUGUAUGAGGAAGAUGGAGAGUCACUGCAAACCUUUCCUGUUAUGGAGCAGAAUGACGGGGCCUUUCAGAUCAUAGAGUUGCGCGUGCUGUCUAACUGGGGUCACCCAGAAUACACCUGCAUGUACCGCUUCAGAGUACAUGGAGAACCUCGGCCUCAGUGAUCCAGCCCCUACCAUCCACACUCAUAAAUGACAUAUCACAAUAUCUGUACAUAGCUCUCGCCAACUUCUUUUUAAACAAAGGGGACGGGACUCGGCAGAACUCUGUGGACGUUUUUAUAUGAAAGACAAUGAAGUUGUGGAUUGUAAGGAAUGUUUCCUGGCUGAAUCGUGAACAUGUGUUUUACAAUACUAAAGAAUCGCAGGAUAGUCUGUAUGUGGACUGAGUGAUUUCAGAAGAAGAAGAGAAGCUCAGAAGAAGCUCAAACUCCCAGUCCUCUUUUCGUCAAAAUGCCUCUUGCACUGAAUCAGCCCGUUAAGGGCGACUGGCUCCACGGAGCGGACACAUCCAUCCCUCUCUUGGCACCUUCCACUCCUACAGGGAGUUGGACGCUUAGAAUGGGGUUUAUGGAAUUAUAGACACAUCUCCACCAUUUCCUCGUCGGCCGCAUUACAGUCUGAUUUUGGUUUCUGUACUUAAUCAUCUAUAUUUAACUCUGAUUUCCUGUCACUCUACUAUUUUCAGGAUCAAAGCCACUUUUGCCUGUGAUACUGUCCAGGCAUGUCACUCCUUUUGUGGCUGUCAAGUCUCUGAAAUGAAUUUACCUGAGCUGUUUGGGCAACCUUCAAACCUGCACACCACUCACAGUGGAUAUAUGAAGUUCACUACAUUCAAGGCCCCAUGCAUCCACGUAACCUUUUUUCUUUGGGAACUGAACAUGUUGCCUAUGGACAGGCUCUGAAUGUCUCCUCAAGUGAAUGCUUGAUGCAAAUCAUCCUUUAACUUUACACCAACAGAAGCAAUCAAUACUAUAACCACUGAGCUUUGAGCUGUUUUAGGAGGAUCCUCACUUUGUAAUAUAUGUUACAAAUAUAUGUAUAGUUAUGGAUGGACUCCAGGGUUAACCCUUGCAUGUGACUCUUCCCAAACCAUCCUCCUAACUUUUAAAGUACAUGCAUCCUGGAUUUACAUGAGGUAUGAAGGCGUUGGGUCCAGUGCCUGGAUCUCAAAAUACUAAUGACAGAUGUCGAAAGCUAACUAAAGACUGUAAUUUAGCUUUAAACAUCUUGCUGUCGAACGCUAAAUGAUUUAAUUACUCCUGUAGACAAGAGUGUGAUUUUUAUUUCCUGAUUCUCUAAAGAGGCGACUGUGUCUCCCUCUAGCUCAGUUUUAAACGUCCUCCUCACAUGGGCUCCUCUAUUCUGAAACCCUGAAGGAAUGUAUUCUGUAUAUUUUAUUGUUGAUAGUCGGUCCUUUAUAAUAUCUGCUUUUAUUAGUGUUGCUUUAUAAAAAAAAUCAUCCUUUCAUAAUUAUUACAAUUAUUAUGUAUUACUACCAUGAUUUCUACUGUUACUCAUCGUGUUGUUUUCCUUUAUUUUGUUUAGUUUUUUGGGGGGGGGGGUUGGAUGUCGAAGGAUGCACUGCAAUGACUUGUGAGAGAAAUGUUUGUGGCACAGGUCUUCAGAAUUUGUUUUUUAAAAUUGAGGGUGUAUGUAUUCAUUAAUUUUGGUUCCAAAUAUGGGGAAGUCUAAAAUGUUAUGUAUAAAAAAAUGUCAUGUUCACAAUAUUAUUUAUUAACAACUUAAUUAGUGACAGCAAGAUGUGAGUUACUGCGAUGUAUAUUUUGUCAAAAGCUGUUCAGUGCAUUUUGGAAGCAUCUUGGGACUUUUUUUUUUUUUUAAAGAUAAAUGGCUAUUUUUGUUCAGUCAUGAGAUGACUUAACUGCUUUGGAAUAUAUUCCAAUAAAGAUUUUAAUUUUGAAGAA